AUGACAUGUCAUUGGAAUUCAGAUUGCACACUUCUCGUAUGUGCAUUUGCGAAUACUCCGAAGUUUCGGCAAGUGGAGUCGGAUGGUGGAACUAUUAUUUCAAAGGGGUGGAUUUCUGAAUGUCAUAAGCAGAGACAGCUUGUUGCUAUUGAACCUUACCUUCUUCAUGCUGGAAAGCCGUGGCGUAAAACCUUAACUCGCGAUGCUAAGAGAGAUCUUGAAACUACCCCAACUAGUCAACCCAAAAAGCAAGCUAAAGAAAGUUCAAAUCGAAAAGCAAGUGCUUCUGCCUCUUCAAAGGAUGGAUCUCCUAAUUCUGUUAAAGAACACCUUGCUCCUUCUAAGGUUAAAAGAUGGGCCAUGGAUGACUUGAACAAAACCAUUUCAUGGCUGGAGGGUCAAGAUGAAACACCGGAGCCUAGUGAAGUUAAGAAAAUAGCUGUGGAAGGAAUUCUUACGUGUUUGCAAGAUGCAAUAGACUCUCUUGAACAAAACCAGGAUAUCAAACAAGCGACAGAGCAGUGGAGAUUCAUUCCUCGUGUAGUUGAGGAAUUGGUCAGGAUUGAGGAUACAAGAAACAACAACAGUUCAUUCUCGAAUGAAGAUCUUUGUCUACAGGCUAUGAACUGUAAACAAAUUUAUGAGAUGGAAUUCGACAGUUUCCUUGGCGAAACUACUGAAAGGAAGAAAGAACAAGAGACUGCUGAGAGAUCUAUGAAUGGUGAGACAACUGAUGUCAAGUCCAAGGAUGCAGCUUAUGACAGUGAUUCCACAAUUGAAAUGACAGAAGAAGAAAUAGAUUAUGCUUAUAAAACGGUAGCUUCCAAGAUUUGUAGAUGAUGAGUAAAGCUAAACUCGACUAUAAUGAAAUUAGAUUAUACAGCUAAGAAUGGUUGCAUGUGUGUGGGGGACUUUUUUAAUCUUUUAUUUAUUUAAUUGUUAAAUAGAAGUUACAAAGCU